AUGUCCCGUCGCCGCCUCGCCGACAUCUGGGGGCGCGUGGUGCGGCCUCGGGAGCUCUACGCACCUGCUACGAGGGGUGUUGUGCGCCGGCGGUACCACAGAGCUGCCGGUUCCAAUAGCGAGCAGCCCAGAGUGCCAAAAGUAAGACGUAAGACGCCUGGGAAAUACGCACAAGAGCUGUCCAGAGGGGAGGGUGUCGACACACAGACGAGCGAUUACCGCUCCCGCCACGCCAAGACACAGCGAUGUGGCCCCGGAUGCUCGCCAAACCCAACGCUAUCCACAAAGCAGUGUACCAGCUCGACGACGCUGCCAGUCCAACGAGUGGGACGUAUGACGAAUGAGGGCAAGAGACGCAGGGUGGCACGGUGGAACGAGGGCCAUGUUGACGCGCAUAUUGUCUUGCCGUGGCCGUGCUGGCUGCCCAAGGCCAAAUGGGGUAUAGGCCUUCGACUGAUGUCGACUCUCUUCGAAUGA